CCCACAUGGCACAGAAACCUCUUCAUUACAUACAUCUCAAGCCAGACUAUCACGAGGAACCGAGAGCUAUGUACUCACAUUGUAUGAUGUUUACUUUAGAUCGACCGGUCCGAUGCUUCGGAUUGGCUAUACCCUGCCAACUGAGACAACCCUUGAUGCUCGGAAGGCGGUAUCUUACCUCUCCGGUCCACAUGUCCAUGAAACCCGUCAUGCCCCCAGAUCGUUCCUCUGUGACGCCACUGUAUAUUCGACAUGUAUCCUAGUAUGGGGACCCUCGGUUAUAUAUAUGGAAGCCUGUAAAUAGGUAUAUGGAUUGGUGACCUUCGUUUGUUUUCCGUUUCCUGUUGCAGCGAUACAGUCUUUUACGUUGAAGUCCCAACAUGGCAACCAUGAAUCCCCUAGCACCCACGGUCGGAAGUGUCCAGACGUGAGUUUUGAGAUGUUAGAGCGAUAAAAUGGAGUUUAACGGUGUCGUUAGAGCCUGGGGCCACUCGUUCAUAUGGACCGAAGAACAUUGGACGUCGGAGCGAAUGGCUCCCCUCAAAGUCUCCUACGACGAGCUCGCCCAUGAUUGCUACACCAUCCUGAAGGAUAUCAAGGACCCCAAAGCUCCCGCAGGGAAGCGCGAUAUGUAUGCUCUUCUGCGCGACAAUGCAGACACGCACCCACGGCUAAAAGAGAUGUGGGAGGAAAUCAACACCGUCCCGGACUGGGUGGAUUGGGACCAGAUCCAGCGCGGCCAGGAUGUUUUCUACCGCUACCUCGGCGCCAACCUCGUCGGACUUACCUUCCAAUCCCUUCUGGGCGGCAUGGGUGCUGCUCGUGUGGUAGAGACUCUGGCUCGAACGGGCGGCUUUUCCACGAAAGUCGCUAGACAUCGGCUGCUGGAAACGACGCAGCAUAUCCUUCAAAGCACUCAGUCACUAGAUGCGAUCCAACCGGGAGGUGUCGGAUUUGCCUCAUCAGUGCGAGUGCGUCUGUUACACUCGGCGGUACGAGAACGCAUCAUGAAGAUGGCAGCACAGCGACCGGACUAUUUCGACCUGGAGAACUGGGGCGUACCGAUCAAUGACAUCGACCAGGCCGGCACGAUUGGAACGUUUUGUUCCACUCUUGUGUUUGUCAGUUUGCCACGACAAGGCAUCUAUCCCAGUGACCAGGAGAGCAAGGACUACAUCGCUCUUUGGCGGUAUAUCGGCUAUAUACUCGGAGCACCUACCGACUUCUUUGAGACUCCGUCGAAAGCAAGAGCCAUCAUGGAGAGCCUGCUGCUUUACGAGGUUCAGCCAUCGGAUAUGUCCAAGGUCAUGGCCAACAACAUCAUCAAGUGUCUGCAAGAUCAACCACCGACGUAUUCAUCUGGAGACAUGUUGACCGUGAGCGCAAGAUGGAUGAACGGGAGGGAGUUGUCCGAUCAGCUAGGGCUGGCGAAUCCGAGCUACUACUACUGGGCGCUCAUGGCUGGGCAAUGCUUGUUCUUUAUGGCGCUCGACUACUCGCAUCGGAUGAUCCCGUGGCUGGAUCGCCGGAAGAUCCAGGCAUCCCGCGACUUCAUGCAGCAGGCCCUCAUCGAAGGCAAAGACGGGCUCAAGGGAGAAAAGAGCCUGUUCCAGUUCAGAUACAUCCCGGAGUACUCCACCGUCACGGAGUUAGGGAAGGAGGAAAGUACGAAACGUCAUGGGUCCGCGGAAUGGAGAAACCUGCAGACACUGUUGGCUGCUGGUGCCUUCAUGUUCUUUACGGCUUAUUCGGUUCAUCGCGUAGCCAAGCUAGUUUUUUAGGCGAGUCACGACAAUACCUCGUUCAUAUUCAUGUACCUUAUGUCCUUAUCAUACAACUUCAUAUCGCUUCUG